AUGGAGGAACCGAUACCGAGUCCGAUGCCGCCGCAUAUAUUCAAAGCUGGACCACUACCUGCGAGUGACCUGGUAUUCUCAUCAUCACCUGGGUUCGCUACACCAGCACAUCCGAUUAAGCCUCGAGAAACACGACCUGUGCCUCAGCCAGUAUUUGCGCCCCAGCUGAAGAUUGCCAAUGCACAGACAGUACUACCAAUCAGUCUACCACCUCAGCUGCUACGCCCAGUCGCCUUCCGUACCUUGACCAAAAAACACAACCUGACCAUUACUUCUGCUGCUCUCUCGGCUCUUGCAAUCUUUGUUGGUAAAUAUUGUGGUGCAGGAUGGCGACAAGAAGGCCUCGCCGAAAGAGUCCUUGACGAGAUAUCCAAACAAUGGAAACGUGACAAUGGUGGCUUAAUACUUGACGAUGCUCAGGACAAGAAGCUGAAAAAUAUCCUCAAAUCACUCGAGCCGUGUAUGUCUGGAGGCAAGUUGGACACUGGUCGUCUUAGUAGGACGAAUAGCAAUAUCAGCUCGUUGUUGAGAUCCGACAGCUCACUCGGUAGACCCGAGAUGCCGAGAGAUGAGAGUCAGACGAGUUUUGGGAUGUCUGGGCUAGACGUGGAAGAUCAGGAAAUGGAUGUGGCCGAUACAUCUCAGGAUGCACGGUCCUACAUGAAGAUCGUAUCAGCCUUCACUCAACCUAAGUUGACCUACUCUACAGCUAAAAAGACUCUCGAAGUCGUCACAAAUACCUCGUCGCUAAUGCCGCCUAUACAACAUAAAAUCACUUCUUUUCGCAACAGAUAUCACCUCGUCCAUCAGCGCCUGCUGCGUAACGAGUCAUUUCAGAAAAAAACUUUCGCAAGCACAACUCGUUCUUCCUCGUUAUCCCGUUCGGCCAGUAACCUGGCUAGCGUGUCUGGAGCAUACAAGAUCACCCCUAUUUCGAAUCUGCUUGGCCGAUCAGGAACCUCUCAUCUCCUGCUCGGCUUGCUCGUGCAUUCUGCUGCUGGAGAUCUCGCUCUGACCGAUUUGACAGGAAGUACUGUACUAGACAUCAGUAUUGCACGACCAAUUCCCGAUGUAGAUGCCUGGUUCUGUCCUGGCAUGAUUGUCCUUGUCGAAGGCACAUAUGAGGACGAUGGCUCAAACAAUUCUGGCCUUGGUUCAGCAGGUGGUGUUGGAGGCCAAAUUAAAGGACGCUUCAUUGCCGACACAAUCGCUGGACCACCUGCCGAGAGACGAGAGGUCACCUUGGGUACUGGCCACAACCACAAGGCAGACGCUGUUCAUACCGUCGCGGGUGCAGGCUAUGGCUGGUUUGACUUCCUUGGUACAGGCAGUGAAAAGGCUAUAGGUCAACAGAUGCGCCGAGUUCAGAGACAGUUGCUCGGUCACAAGAACAACGAUGAGCUAAUUGAUGGUUCUAAGCGAACCAAGACUAUUAUGAUUGGGGAGUGCAACCUCGACAGUCCUCGAACUCUUGAGGCAAUAAAAGCUAUCUUCAACACCUACAAUUCAACGGACCUGGUCGAUUGUCCUCUAACCAUAAUACUGUUCGGCAACUUUGUCAAAGCCGCUUCAAUGGCAGGAUCUACCAAAGGCGGCGACAGCAUCCAUUACAAAGAAGUAUUUGACGGCCUUGCUAGUCUUCUCUCCGAGUUUCCUUCUCUUAUGUCGACCACAACCUUGGUUUUCGUGCCAGGCGAUAAUGACCCGUGGGCCAGUUCUUUUUCAGCUGGUGCUGCAGCUCUUCUCCCACAACAAGGCAUACCUGAUCUCUUCACUAGCCGAAUACGGCGUGCCAUCAAUACAGCGAACAAUGAAGCACAUUUAAAAAAGGACAUUGAUACGCCCGGCGAAGCAGUCUUCACGAGCAAUCCAGCUCGAAUUAGCUUGUUUGGACCAGUUGAGGAGAUGGUGUUGUUCAGAGACGACACAACAAGUCGAAUACGGCGGAAUGCGGUGCUUUUUCCAAAGCAAGAGGACGAUGAGAUGGAGACCGAAAACGAUAUCUCACGUAUCCAACCGAACCUCGAUGAUACUGGAAUGCCUGACCUUGAUGUCGAGGCAGCGGCUUCUCACGUUCCCACUGGACAAUCUACCACACAACAUAUUGACAAGGCAACACUCGUUGGCCGCCGUUUAACAAAACUGCUUCUGGACCAAUCUCACCUGGCUCCUUUCCCCACAUCAAUUCGACCAACACUCUGGGACUAUGGACAUAGUCUAAGCUUGUAUCCACUACCCACAGCACUAGUCGUGUGUGAUGCUGAAGCACCAGCUUUUACUGUGACAUACGAAGGCUGUGCUGUCAUGAAUCCUGGACGAGUCGUAGACGAAGACAAGGGUACAGCUAGGCGGAGAGGUGGUGAGGCCCGAUGGAUAGAGUAUGAUGUGAAGAGGCGCAAGGCUGAACUUAGAAGCUGUAGAUUCUAG